CACAAAUUAUAACAAAACUAUACAAAAUGGAGUAGAAUUUUUAAAUUCAAAUUUAAAUAAUAUCAACGACAUUUAUGUAUUAUCCUUGAUGGCUUCUGUUAUAAAACGCGCUAAACAUCAGAAUGCCAAUACUCUUGUGAAACAGCUAAAGUCCCAUGUUAAAGAAGAUAAUGGCUUAAAAUGGUGGUCGGCAAAUGAUCAUAACUUGGCCAAUGAUAUAGAAAUUACAGCAUACGCUGCUAUAACAUUGUUGGAUACCCCAGGAGAUCAUACCUCUAUUUUGAAGUGGCUGAUAGAACAACGAAAUGCUAAUGGAGGUUUUACAUCUUCCCACGACACUGUGGUGGGCAUGGAGGCUUUAGUGAAAUUUUCGGAGAAAUAUAAAAAUCUUAAAAAUGUGAAUUUACAAAUUACCUAUAGGGCUCAAGAUCAGCAGGGAAUUGAGGUAGCUACAGGUGAAUUCUAUGUGGACUCAAACAAUAUUUUGGAUUUUCAAAAACAUGAGUUACCUAAAACCGCACGUCAUAUUAGUUUUGAUAUUGAGGGCUCUGGAGCCUCGUUGGUACAACUCAACCAUCAAUACCACAUUGCUAAUGCUCAGGAGUUUCGUCAUUUUAAUAUACAACCCAAGACAAAGUUUAAAAAUGAUAAAGAAAUGAAUUUGGAAGUUUGUUUCACUUACCAAACGGAUACGGAAGCACAAACCAACCAAGCCACCAAUAUGGUUAUAAUGGAAGCAAAUUUACCAUCUGGUUUCACAUCUGAGGCUGAAACUAGUUUCCGUUUAAAUAAAAACGAUCUUGUGCAGAAAAUUGAGUCCAGAAAUUCUGAAUCAACGAUUAUUUUAUAUUUGGAUAAAAUACAGGCAAAUGUUAAUCAUUGCCUAGAGAUUCCAGCAGAUAAAAUUAAUGAAGUUCUAAUGACAAAACCAGCUGCCAUUAUUAUGUACGAUUAUUAUAAUUUGAGUCGUUCAAAUACUCAAUUUUAUAGUUUAUAAAUUUUGUAAAUAAAAUACACCAGAGCACAAUUUUUCUAAAGCUCACAC